AUGCAGGAGGACUACGCUGCCCCCCUGCUCACCCGUGGGGAGUUUGAGGCUAUCAAGCAUGAUCCACUGCUCAUACUUGAGCGGGGCACAGCGGCCAUCGUGUCGCUGCAACAGGACGAGGCGGCGCUAAAGGCGCAGCGUGAGGCCGUCCAGUUGCAGCUGCAGGGCGUCAACACGGAUGGGAAGUUCAACAGCCAGCGCUACAGGGAGGCCAUGGAUGCGACGGCCGAGCUGGAGCGGGAUCACCGCACGUUGUCCGUCCGCUGCAUAGAUGCCGAGUUGGGCAACAAACGGCUCGCGAAGGUUGUCGACGAGCUGCGGGAGGAGAAGGAGGCGCUGCGGGAGGAGUUGCAGACGCUGCGGGGCUCCCUGGACUCUCUCGCUGAGCAACACGCCGACGCGGUUGCCGCGAUAGCGGCGGCGGAGAAGGCCGCCCCAGAGGCGGAGGCAAAGGGUAAGGGGCUACAGGAGGCUAUUGCAAAGAAAAUUGACUCCCUAGACGCUCUCACGAAGGAAAUUGUGAGUUUCACCAACAAGUCGGCGAGCUUGCAGCGAAAAGUAGAAAAGUUGGGGUGCGAGCGUCUUGUGCUGGAGGCGGAGACAGUGGCGCUUGAGCAAACGACGUUGCAGCAGGAGCGGACCAUCAAUUAUCUUCAGUACGAGGCGGCAAAGCUCGGUGAGGCCACCAAGGCAAGGACGUCGGAGUUGGUUGAGGCGAAGAAGCAGACGGCGGCGAUGCUGCUUGAGCUUCAGCUGCAGGUGACGAGGGCGGAGGAGGAAAUGACGCGGCUGCACAACGCCGUUGCCAACGAGAAGAGUUUGACUGGACGGCAGAACAUCUGGCAGGCAAAGGAGCUCCACGCCAAGACAGAGGACCUCCUCACCGCGCAUCAAGAGCUGGCAAGGGAGCGUGGAGGGGUGAAGGCGGAGCUGGCCUUUGUGCAGGAAAAGAUGCAUCGCCUGCAGAACAAUGUGCUGGUGGUAGAGAAGCAAAACCAGGUGUUGAAUGAGACGCUGCGGCAGCUGGAAGAGGAGGACGAACUCCUAAAGGCAAACUACAAUAAACGCAAGAAGCAGGCGGUGGAGGAGAUGACUAAGCAGUCGGCCAUUGCGCACCAACUCAACGCUGAGCUUGAGGAGGCACGUGAGAAGCUGUAUCUCCUGAACUCCAAAGUAUGCAAGGCUUGCCGGUCGGCCAUUUUCACGAGCGAGCCACCAAGCCCCUCUCCCAGGAAAGGAUAA